UUCCACAGUAAUUCCUCCACCAGCCUUAACCUUUCGAGCUCCGGUAGACGCCCAUCCGGGCUUCGACCUCUCUCCUCCUCCCUCCGGCCCACCCACCACUAACUCUCGGUUCGUUCGAUCGAUUCCCUCGUGGCUCUUGUAAUGGCGAAGCCCUCCAAACAAAUCAUCCAGGGAUUCCAAAAGCUCUGUUUCCACGAAAUCCAUCCUAAGCCUUUGCCCCAGGACCCCAUUUUUGUUGGCCAGUCUAGGUUCUUCAAUUCCAGGCAUCUGAUAUCCAAUCUGUCCUCCAAUCAUCCGUCGCCCUCGGAAAUCUGGAGAAGAGCUUAUUUUGGUGAGGUUUUCUCCAAACCCGCAUUUCAGAAGGGUAUCUUUUCUCGUUUGAUCUCCCCGAAGUUCAAUGCGUACCCUCCACAACUCAAUAGCUUCAGCAGGAACUGCUCCUAUGGGAAUUUCCCAUCUGGAUUUUCGAAUUCGAGGCAUAUGAGCUCCGGAAUCCCUAUCAAGUUGCCAUCUUUUUCUCCUGGGAUCAAGGGGCUUGGCAGGAUCAAUGAGAAUGAGUUGAAGUACAGGUUUUUCUCAUUUAAGAGUUUCAAGUAUGUCAAAUUUAAUGGCAAUUUUGGGAAAUCGGUGGUCGACAAGCCGUUAUCUGCUGUUACAUCGGCUUUCUCGCGGUAUCGCGAGGCAGUAGGCUUGCAAGUUGAGGCAUUUUGGAAGAGAAAUUACUUGGCUCUUAUGGGGGCUGGUGCGGUAGUCGUCUGCAUUGCACUUUGGAGAAUCAUGUUUGGAGUUGCAAGCACUUUUGUGGGGCUUUCAGAAGGCAUGGCGAAGUAUGGGUUCCUCGCUUUGGCAACUGCCAUGGUAGCUUUUGCUGGUAUGUAUCUUCGUUCAAGAUUUACUAUCAAUCCGGACAAAAUUUACAGAAUGGCAAUGAGAAAGUUGAACACAUCUGCUGGGAUUCUCGAGGUGAUGGGUGCCCCUCUAACUGGGACAGAUGCGAGAGCAUAUGUUAUGUCUGGAGGUGGACCUAAACUAAAGAACUUUAAGCUUAAGUUUGGUGACGCACGGUGUUUCCUCAUUUUCCCCAUCAAAGGAUUUGAAAGGAGGGGACUCGUAAGUGUUGAGGUCAAGAAAAAAAAAGGCCAGUACGACAUGAAACUACUUGCAGUUGAUAUACCAAUGGCAUCAGGGCCUGAUCAGCGGCUGUUUCUAAUUGGGGAUGAGCAAGAAUACCAAGUUGGUGGGGGGUUGAUAUCUGAACUAAGGGACCCCAUAGUAAAAGCAAUGGCUGCAGAAAAGGAGUUUGAAGAUCUUGAUCAAAAGGAGGAGGAAGAAGAUGCAAUUAGAGAGCAAGAGGAGGCAGAAAGAAGGCAGCAUGAGGAGAAAGAAAGAGCACUUGAAGAGGAAGAAAGAAAACAGCGUGAGGCCAAGAUGCUAGAGAAAGGUAGUUCGUAGAAGUGAUGGGUGUCUUUUGAUUCUUUUUGUGCCCUUCUUUUUUCUUUUCUUUUCCCAGGUAUGAAACAGCAACAUUCUCCUUUGGGAGAGAACAGAAUGUCGGAUCGUAUCACAAAAGCUUAGGCCGGAGGAGUUUGAAAGGGUUUUUUUUUUUUUUCUUAUCCUUAUCCUUGUCAUUAAGACAAUGAUCUUGUCACUCAUGAGGCAUUAAAUCAUUCAAAGCUUUAAAUAAGUUUGGUCACCUAA